UGUCAAGCAAGAAGAUGUUAUUUUUACAAUAUUGAUAAAUAUAAUAGGUAGCAUUUUAGAUUAGAGAUAAGUAACCUUCAGUAUUGCGCCAACUUUUGCAGAGAUCGUACUCGUACUUUGUCCAAUUUGUGUACGACAAGUUAGAAAAAAUGAGUGACGUUGAAAGACUGUUGAAGCAAGCUGCUAUGCAAAUCGGUGCUGGUGGAAGUGCAGGCUUCGUAGAAGUCUGUAUAAUGCAUCCUCUUGAUUUAGUAAAAACGAGAUUUCAGCUACAAUCUACGAGUUCAGCUUUAAAAAGUUCUGAUCCACAUUACUACAAUGGUAUCGUGGACUGUAUGAAGAAAAUGUAUAAAUAUGAAGGAUUGACUUCGUUUUGGAAAGGAAUCUUGCCGCCUAUAUUAGCAGAGACACCAAAGCGGGCCGUCAAGUUCGCGACUUUUGAGCAAUACAAAAGGUUUUUCAUGUUUGGCUCCAGCACACCCACACCUUUAACAUUCUCUCUAGCUGGUUUAGGUGCUGGUAUUACAGAAGCUAUUUUAGUGAAUCCUUUUGAAGUUGUAAAAGUUACAUUACAAUCUAACAAAUCUUUGGCUACUCAAGUACCUAGUACAUGGUCAGUAACAAGACAGAUUGUAAGAGAAAAUGGGUUAGGCUCCAAAGGCCUGAAUAAAGGUUUGACAGCAACUAUGGCAAGGAAUGGGAUAUUCAAUAUGGUUUAUUUCGGUUUCUAUCACAGUGUGAAAGGAUAUGUCCNNNUCCAACAGGAUCCUCUUUUAGAAUUCAGUCGUAAGAUAGCGAUUGGUUUCACAUCCGGAGUGCUGGGGUCAUGUGUGAAUAUACCGUUUGAUGUCGCCAAGAGCCGUAUACAAGGACCGCAGCCUAUGCCGGGAAUUGUUAAAUACAACUCCACUGUCGGUACCAUCAGUCUGGUGUAUAGAGAAGAAGGUUUCCGCGCACUGUACAAAGGCCUGUUGCCAAAAGUGCUCCGACUGGGUCCAGGCGGGGCUAUCAUGUUGGUCGUAUACGAUUAUGUGUACAAUUACUUAGAGAAUAGAUUUCAAAAUAAAACGCAUUGAUUAUUGACUACCAAAGACAAUAUUUAAAUUUUAAAAACAAAUGUGCAAUAUUUGUCGUUUGAUAAUUAUCAUAUCAAAAUAUUUUUUUAUUAUUUUAAAUUAUUCAAAAUAGGUUAGAAAUCGACUUGUAGUGAUAUUAUUGGUAAUUAGAAUUGGUUGUUAUUUUUUUGUGAUAUUUACUUUGUAUUUAAGAGGAAAUGAAAUUAUGAAUGUUUAGUUAGCAAG